AUGUCGGAAAUAAGAGAUAAUCAAUCAAGUGAAACUGAUUCUAGAUCUCAAACAAAAUCAGAUGAUAAAUCUGAAAAAAAUCUAGAAGAAUUCUUACCAUUCAUUCCUGAUGAAGAUAUUGAUGAGAGUUUAGAUGAAUGGAAAUUCAGUCUAAUAGGAAGAUUAGAUUUGGUUCACUUUAAAUUCGCUAUAGUUGAAUCUUCUUUAAGAAGACAAUGGGGUAUUUCAGGAAAAGUUCAGUUAAUACCAAUUGGAAAAGGUUACUUCAUUAUCAAACUAGAGAAUGAAUCUGAUAUGAAAUACAUUUGGGAUGGUGAUUGGUUUCCUGGUCUUAGUAUUGAGUACUGGAAGGAGAAAAUAUUACUGCACAUUGGAAAAUCUUUAGGGAGACCUAUCAAAGCUGACGAAAAUACUCUCAAGAAGGAUGUAGGAUAUUAUGCAAGCAUUUUGGUGGAAAUGGAUUUAGCAAAAGAAAUUCCAAGCAAGAUUUGUGUAGAAUCCAAGUAUGGAAAGUUUGAGCAAAUAGUUAAUAUUCCAAAUAGGCCUAAAUUCUGUUACCAUUGCAAGAUUGUUGGUCAUCUUACUGCAGAAUGUAGAAACAAAAAAAGAGAACAAAACAAAGAUGAAGUUACUGCAGAUUUUCCUAAAGAGCAAAAGAAAGUUUGGAGGAAAGUUACUCCAAAGAGAAAGACUCAAAUUCCUUUUGGUUUUGAUAUAUGCUUCCCAACAAAUGAUGUUGGUGAACCAAGUACUCAUGCAAGUCAUUCUUCUAAUACAAAUCAAGAGUACAAUCCCUCAAUUAUUAAUUCCUCUGCAACAAAUAAAGAACAAAAUGCAAACUCUGGUAAAUUUCAUGUCUUACAGAAUAUGUCUGAAGAAUCUAUUAACUCUCAUGUUGUGUUUCCUACUCUCUCAUUGGAGAAUAUAUUAAGUAAUGCAGCAAGUGCACCUUCUGUUAGCUAG